AUGCGUCAACAGUUCCUCCUUUCGCUUCUCUUUGCCCUACUGGGCACGGUGUCGGCGCAGUUCAACUUCUUCGAGCAGAUGUUCGGGGGCCAACAAGGUGGUGGAGGAGGACAUCACCACCACCAACAGCAACAACAGAACGCUCCUUCCGACUCAUCCUGGUACAGGUCACAGGUUGACAGAGCCCACUGUGAGAACUACCUCUGCCCAGACACGCUCGCGUGCGUGCACUUCCCACACCAUUGCCCCUGCGCUUGGCCCAGCCACGAGGACAAGUUCGAAUUGGCGGACGGUCAGCGCAUCUGCGUUUCAAAAGGAGGGUUUAAGGCCGGGGAGGCGGCUAGGAAGGUCGAGCUGGCGAGGAAGGGGCUGCUGUGA